UCCUGUGAUAUCCUGGAAAAAGAAAAAGGUCUUUCUAUUAACAUGAAGGAAUUACUUGGAGAGGAAGAAAAUGAAGAGGCAUUAGCUCGUGAAAACAUAAUGGUGAUGUUCCUCACUGUUAUUUUAUUGUUAUCAAACUUCCUGUCGAUAUUUAUUUCCUCUCGGUGCAAAAAACGAUAUUUUUUACUUUGGACGGACAAAGCGCUGUUACUUGUGCUAUGGACGUGUGGAGAUGUCGAACGGAAUCCAGGACCAAAUGAAACCACUACUGCAAAUGGAAGAUCUCAAAUUCUACGCAAAUUUCGAAGAUUCUCCCAGACAAUGUUACUAGAAUUGAUCUACAAAGUUUAUGGUGAAGAAAUGUCAUCGAAACCACACAGCAAAAGCCCACCUGGAUGGGAUGAGUACAAACCAGAAAUAAAGUUUGGGAACAUCUCCAACCUUAAAUCUGGAGAGGACAAAGUUUUCAACAAGAUGUUAUAUGUCUUAAAGAACCAAAAGCCCGUGCCUUUAUCAUCUGAUUGGGAGGUUCUGCUGAGUCACUACAACAACCUAAAUGAAAAACUUGAGGUUGAAGAAAGUAAAAAAGCAUUAAAUUGUUGGAUGCUUGAGAAAAAUUUGGCUCCAUUGUUACAAAGUUACUCUGAGGAUGUAGAUGUUCCAUCGGGAAACAUAUUAAGCAUUUGCAAAUGCAUUUUGAAGAAAGUCCAAGUAGAUGUUUCAGUGACCAAGGAAACCGAUGACAAAGAUCGGAAAACGAAAGAGAAUCAAACAAACAGACCAGAACAGCUUAUCGCAGAGGCAAAGAGAGAAAAUAGUUCCUCAAAAUUAUUCAAGGUCCAAACAGAUGUUUUAGAGACCAAGAGAGACGAUGGAAAACAUUGGAAAACGCAUGAGAGUAAGACAAAUGGAGGAGGUUUGAGCAGUUCAAGUGAUCAUUAUACUGAGAUUCAAAGUGUUGAAGUUCCAGAUCAUUCGCAGAGGAAAAGAAAAAGAAUGGAGACGAUAAAUAUACAUGAUCCAUAUGAGGAACGAAUGGAACACAGUAUAGAUUACAAGAGGACAUAUCCAGUGAAGAACCACACCGCCAUAGUGAUUCAGAAACCUCGGGAUACAUCAAAGAAAAACAACACGUUACUCGUUACCAGCUUUGGAGUUGAUAAAGGGAAAAGAACUAAUAACCAAAGUUUAUCGAUUGAUAUAGAUAAUGCUGAUCGAAACAUGGCGCAAAGUAACAGCGGUUUUGACGACUCAGACUGUGACCAAAUUUCUUUGACCAUUGAUGAAUUCGAGGAACAUCAGGAGAUUUUUCCCAGCAAUUUUUCCUCUGGUGAACAGCGACAUGACGAAGGUACUUGUCAAGAGUUAAUUCCAGAUUUUGACAUGGUUCCAUACUCCGAAAUCCUUAACACCAUCUGUGAUGACAUCGAAGAGAUGCAAAAUGACAAUUUAAUUGAUACACCACUUUAUGAGGAAGAGAUACUCAGAAUGUCCCUGAAGAGGUAUUUGAAAGAGCUUGGAAAUAAUAAACCAUCAUCUACAAUGAUACAGUUGUGCAAGGAAAUACUGAACAAAUGACAUGGAAAAGAAUACAUAAAAAACUGAAGGGAAAUGUGAUAAAAUGCAAGUUGCUAAGUUAAACUUCAUAGAAAGAAUAGUCAUUCCCUUCUGUUAUAUUUAACAGAUGUUCAUUGAUAAAACCGAUCUGUUAUAUCAACAUGUUUAAAAUCGUUAAUAAUUCCACGUAUUUGACACAGGUGUCCAAUUUCUAUGUGGAGUUUGAGGUACAAUUUCUUUUAAUUCAUUUCUGUAUUAUAUGUAUAGCAUGUUUGUUCAUCUCAUUGUGAAAUUUUUAAUAUACUAACUUGUACUUUCCCUUAAAAUGACAUUUUUUUUCAACUGUGUUAAAAUGUUGACUAAAUGUUAUAUUUUAUAAUUUAUAUUUUAUAGAUUGUUAUGUUAUAGUACAUUUAUCUUAAUACAGUUAGUGGUUUUUGCUUAUAAUUGUUAUAAAGGACGUGAUUAUAUUCUUUAAUCUCUAUACUGUAUUUGAAAUGGAUCACCUGAAGUGUAAAUACGAGGUUUGUCCAUCAAGUAAACGAAAAAUAAUGACACAUGUAAAGACAAAAAUAUGAAUUUCGAUCACAUAUUUGUGAACACCUGCUAUAUGCCAUUUUUUAUGCCAUAUACAUAUGUAGAACCAUUCAGUUCCAUAAAUAACGUCAUAUUUCAUAAAUUGUAUGUAAAGGCCUCGUCUGUCUAUUUAUUUUCAUUUUUACAAAAAAGAUACUUAUAUGUGUGCUUCAUCUACGUGUUUGUUACAAUAAAAGACAUUAGUUUGACUUUUUGUUUUGAUAACAAAUUGGUUUGAUUUAUUGUGAACUUGAGAUUAAAGAUACCAUAGAGUCUGA